UGUGUCGGGGGCUUGGCAUCUGCCCGGCUGCGAAGCCGGAGCAGGAGGUUCCUGCCGGAAAGGGGUCCUGCCGAGCAAGUCCUUCGGACAGCGGACCACGGGCGAGGCCCGGGCCAAGGGGCCAGGAUGCUGAACGUCCCUUCCCAAUCUUUCCCGGCCCCUCGCUCGCAGCAGCGCGUCGCCUCCGGGGGGCGUAGCAAGGUACCUUUAAAACAGGGCAGAAGUCUUAUGGAUUGGAUUCGACUAACCAAAAGUGGAAAGGACCUAACAGGAUUAAAAGGCAGGUUAAUUGAAGUCACUGAAGAAGAACUUAAAAAACACAACAAAAAAGAUGAUUGUUGGAUAUGCAUACGAGGGUUUGUUUAUAAUGUCAGCCCGUAUAUGGAGUAUCAUCCUGGUGGAGAAGAUGAACUAAUGAGAGCAGCAGGAUCAGAUGGUACUGACCUUUUUGAUCAGGUUCAUCGUUGGGUCAAUUAUGAAUCCAUGCUGAAAGAAUGCCUGGUUGGCAGAAUGGCAGUUAAGCCUACCAUUCCAAAAGACUAUCAUGAGGAAAAGAAAGUCUUAAACGGCAUGCUUCCCAAGAGCCAAGUGACAGAUACAAUUGCCAAAGAAGGUCCUCGUUCUCCAAGCUAUGACUGGUUUCAAACAGACUCUUUAGUCACCGUUGUCAUAUAUACUAAACAGAAGGAUAUCAACUUAGACUCAGUCAUAGUUGAUCAUCUGGAUGAUUCCUUUAGAGCAGAAACAAUUAUCAAGGACUAUUCAUAUCUUAUACAUAUUGGGCUAAGCCAUGAGGUUCAGGAAGAUUUUUCUGUGAGGGUUGUUGAGAAUAUGGGAAAAAUAGAGAUUGUCCUAAAGAAAAAAGAGAAUGCCUCUUGGAAAUGUCUUGGUCAUCCCUUGGAGAAUCAUAAUUCAUUUAUUCCAAAGAAAGAUACAGGUUUGUACUACAGAAAGUGCCAGUUAAUUUCCAAGGAAGAUGUUACUCAUGAUACGAAGCUUUUUUGUUUGAUGCUGCCACCAAGCACUCAUCUUCAGGUGCCAAUUGGGCGACAUGUUUACUUCAAGCUAACUAUUACAGGUACAGAACUAGUAAAGCCAUAUACACCUGUAUCUGAUUCCUUACUCUCAGAGUUCAAGGAACAAGUUCUUCCCAACAAUAAAUACAUCUACUUUUUGAUCAAAAUCUAUUCUGCUGGACUCUUCACACCAGAGCUUGAUCAUCUUCAGAUUGGGGAUUUUGUUUCUGUAAGCAAUCCUGAGGGCAAUUUAAAAAUGUCCAAGUUCCAAGAAUUAGAAGAUCUCUUUUUGUUGGCAGCUGGAACAGGCUUCACACCAAUGGUUAAAAUACUGAAUUAUGCUUUGACUAAUAUACCCCAUCUCAGGAAAGUGAAGCUGAUGUUCUUCAAUAAAACAGAGGAUGAUAUAAUUUGGAGAAGCCAAUUGGAGAAAUUAGCAUUUAAAGAUAAAAGAUUUGAUGUUGAAUUUGUUCUCUCAGCACCUACUUCUGAAUGGAAUGGCAAACAGGGAUACAUUUCACCAGCUCUUCUCUCUGAAUUUUUAAGAAGAAGUUUAGACAAAUCCAAAGUCCUCAUCUGCAUUUGUGGACCAACACCAUUCACAGAACAAGGAAUAAGGUUGCUGCAUGAUCUUACCUUUUCAAAAUAUGAGAUCCAUACUUUUACAGCAUAAUGAAGAGCUAUCAUUGUUUCUUAUUCAACUAGUUUAUCUAAAUUUGUGAUUGCUUAGGGUUUUUUAAGAGAACAUUUUCGCUACAAGGUCAACUAGAAUCCAGGCUUCAAGUUCUUAAAUGAAAUCAAAUGUUCAGUAUAGGUAACUUCUUGGCUUUAUUUUGUACCAUAACUUAUUUUACUAUUGAUGUAUGGCGUGGAGAGUCAAACAUGGCAACAAAUACAUAUAGAAUUCUUUGUUAUGAAUUACAAAUUUCCUUACCAUUUAAAUUGUAUCCCUGUUCUACAAUAAGCAUUUGUGUUUUAUGACAGAUAAUGUAAAUGAUCACUUUGAUCACAUUUCUAUUCUGUAAUAUGUCUUAUUAGCAAUACAGAUUAAAUUUUACAUUGCACUGUUAACUCAGGAAAUGAUCAUUUAUGCCAUGUUAAUAAUAUGCAAACAUGGAAUGUUGUGAUGCAGACAUUUUUGUGUGUAUAUUUGGCAUUGAUGCAGACUAGAAUAAAAUUAUAC